AGAUUUCCCUCUUGCCUUCUCCACUCAGUUUGACAAGUUUCAUCACCAGAGUUUACCAUCUGCAGAAUGUGAAAUAGGCUACGAUGGACACCAGGGAACAAUUGCAGAAGCUCCAGUGGGAGUAUGUAGUGGACACACUCAACUACAUUCAGACGGUGAGGGACUUCUGUGACAAACAACACAAAUGGACCCUUGAGAGAGAGAAAGAGCUGAAGAUCAUGAGAGGCAUCAAGGACCGAGCAGACAAAGUCAGUCAUAAGUCUGACUAUCUAAAGCGCUCAAAUAAUAAAGCCAAGGGAUUGUGGGAGUGCCUGAAGAAUAGUGUAAAAUCUGAGUCCAUUAAUAAGGAGCUGGAGAAGGAACUGGGUGCUGUCCUGGAGAACACACUUCAGGGGCUGAAGAAACUUGACGUCUUCCUGGAUGCAGUGGAGAAGCUCGCAGUCACCUCACUGUAUGUCUUCACUGGAGAGAGCUUCUGGGCUGAGAACGAGAGUCCUGAAAGUGUGCGAUCAGUCAUCACAGCUGCAAGAAUGAUCUCUCCUCUCCUCAUCAACUUUAAACGAAAUGCAGAAACCUUCUUCCUUCCUUCACUCAGUAACUUGGACGUCCUGUCCUUUCAACUAGACAAAUACAUACAAAUCACAGAACAGAUUUGUGAGAGAAUGGAGAAAAGAUGUAAGAAGGCUCAGCCUGUAGUGAAGUUCAGCUUGAAUUUAAGCGAGGACUCCAUGCAAAAAAUGCUUGAUCAUUUGAAGCAGUUAUGCGAAAUCAGGAUGGACCAGCACACAAGGCUGGCUUUCAUUUUUCAGGAAUUGAAGGCUCGGGAAUUCAUUGGAUUAUUCAGUCAGUGUCGCUCUAGACUGGAGAAGCAUCUGUCAGAUCUGGAAGAGAGCGCAGUUCAGCUGGACAGGAUGAAGAAGGGGGCCAGUAUCUCCUCUGUGGCUGGCAGGUCGGUUGGGAUGGUAUGGGGUGCUUUGUCCAUUGCUGGUCUUGCUCUGGCCCCGGUCACUGCAGGAGUGUCACUGGGUUUCACUAAAGCAGGAGUCGGUCUGAAGGCUGUCAUGAAGGCCAAUAGUUUUAUCACAGGCGUCACUGAACUUGGAGUCAACCAGUGGCAUGGGAAAAAAGCCCAGAAUAUUUUCAAACAAUAUAUGGAGGAUGUGGAGAAGAUUCUAAGCUGUCUGGAGCAGGCCAGUAGACAGGAGCAUGUAGAGGGGCCGGCUGGGUUUGAUAUCAUUCCAGAUACUGUAUCAUUCCAGAAACUGGCACUUCCUGCUGGAGAAUUGGGCAAAGGUAUUAAUGCUCUGGCGGAUGCAGUUUCAGUUGUUAAAAUACUCAAAACUGAGGAGGGGAUUGCGUCUGCAACCAAGGCCGGGCUCCAGGGGACAAAAAGUACUCGUAACAUUCCCAAACUGGCUGCAGACCUUCCCGACAUGCUGGCAAAAGGGACGCCACUUGCAAAGUCUGUUUUUUUUAUUGGUGUAGAUGUCUUUUUUAUUUGCAAAGAAACCAAAAGUCUGUCCAAAGGGAGCGAGAGUGAGUCCUCUCAGCUCAUCCGCUCACGAGCAGCUCUGUGGAGAUCUGAGCUGGAGGACUGGAAGAAGAUCCAUGAUUCCUUAUGCAUAGGGAUAGAGAGGGUCAAGAAGAGUCAGGAAGUGUUGGAGCAACCUUUUCUUCACCGAGAGCCACAGCCCCAUCAGCAAUGGCUGUUCCAAUGGCUUUUAUCCUGCUCAAUCUUCCACUGCCAGUGUAUGGUUGGGAUAAGGAGCUUGGCCUGA